AUGACAAGUUUGGAAGUUUUGGCUGGCUUCUUCUGGAGAGCCAUGUUUUUCGUGAUAGAGGCAAACUGGUGCGCCCGCGUGGACUUCGAUGCCGUAUUCACCGGUGGUUCAUCUUCCGACACCUCUUCGCUAUCGACGUCCAAGAUACUGGACUUGGAGCCCGGCCGCACGUCUUUUUUCAACGGUGACGGCUGCAACGACUUGGGAGAUUUCGACACCGACUGCAGCUGCGAGGACGCUGGCGAGCCAUUGACAGAAGCCUUCUUGCGCACGUUGGGUCUGAUCGGAGACCCCAUCUGGGUGGCUGCGUUGAUUAUCUCAUCAGCAUCGUCUGAAUCGCUUUUAUCUUGGUCUUCAUCGCUGGACGAGAUCAGCAGCAUACUCAAACUGCCCUUCGGCUUAGCUGGUCUGGAUUUGGGACUCUUUGUUGGAGUUUGCGCCUGA